AUGUUCGCCCGUGCAAUAGCAGCCAUCCUGGCUUUUCUCCGCGGACGCACCAUCGAUAUACCCAAUACCCCACCUGCAGCUAUUCCGGAUACCUGGGGUGAUCAAGCCUUCGAUCUGACGUCUGACGAUUCCGGAUAUGAGGGGCAUGCUGGGGACGGGGAUCAAUCCGGGUGGGGCAGUGGUAAUUCCUCAGUGGUUGACCAACGAGAACCGGUCCCCAAUGUCGUGGUGCACUUCGAAUAUCAAGAUGACAACUCGGGUCAGCAUUCGUACGGUAUUUCCGAUGUCGCACACGAUGGUGUUGAGGGUGGACUUAAUAUCAGUGAUGAUGGAUACGAUGCUGAUUGUGAGGACUAG